ACAUUAGCACUGCUUCAGGACCGGAUUAAGCGAGAUCCGGAGGCCUACAGGAGUGAAUUUCUGGCCCAAGUUCGGCAUUUCGAGAGCAUAUUGGAGAUGCUGUUGUUGCAGCCGCAAAACCCCGACCGUCGGUUCGACGAGCAGGUAAUGUUUCUGGCUCAUGCAUGCCCGUUCUACAACUACGACGACUACCCGAGAAAGCUGUUGAAGCUUCUGCACGAGAAGUACGCCGUGCUUCACCCGGCAACGCGGAAAGUGCUGGUUCAGGCCUUGAUCUUGUUGCGAAACCGAAACCAGUACGAGCUGAUCGAAGCGCUGCCAUUGCAUUUUCGUCUGCUCGCACUGGACGACAAGCAGAUUCGUACGCAAGUGCACACGCAUAUCGUGCGUGAUGUCCUGCGGAUGAACCAGAAUAACCAGAACCAAAUUGAGAACAGACGAUUGCAGGCAUACCUUUUCCAGCAACUCGGCGGCAAUGGUACUACUUCCGCAGCGAGCAAGAGUGGCAAAAAAGACGGGGGAGCCGCAAAUAAGAACGAGAGUCUUGCAGCGCCUACCCUGCUCUUGGAGGACAGCAAUGUUGCGGUGAACGAGACUCAAGCCGCCAGGAAAGCGCUCAUUAUCCUUAUUAGUCUUUACAAAAAGAAUAUUUGGACAGGCGCGGCAGUUGUAAACGCGAUUGCCGGCUGUUGUGAGCAUCCUGAUACUCACGUCGCGAAAGCCGCCGUAAACUUUCUUCUUGGAAAUACUCAUUUGAUCGCUGAGGAAGAAAACGACAGCGAGGAUGAAGAAAACAAGAAAGCUGUUGGCGAUGUCAGCAAGAAGGUACUUAUUUUUAUCGUUGCCCACUAUAACUACCUGCGCAAAAUUCUUUGUGAAAAAAAGCGAUCUUAGAUGGAGGGUGAUGACAGCUCCUGUGAUGAGGUAGAACUUCCGAUUACUCAUCACCGUGCAUCUUAGACUUACACAACUCUUGAUUCUUAUCGUGGACUAUUCAACCAGGUUCUCGGACUGAAGCGUUUUACGAAGGGCUCGCAGAAAAAGAAGAAGAUUGAAAAGGCGAAAAAGAAAGCAGCAAAAGCGAUGAGCAAGAAGGAUAACCCGAAAAGCGGACUGGAAAAUAAGACGUGCUUUGCCGCUAUUGAUCUCCUGCACGAUCCGCAGAAGCUUGCUGAGAGACUCCUGCUCCGAGUGAUGCGCGCAUCGGAGACCUAUGCCUUCCGCCUUUUGUUGCUCCAGCUGUGCAGUCGUCUCAUGGGGCGUCAUCGCUUGGUCGUUCCCAACUUCUACCCAUACAUCCAAAAGUAUCUGACCCCAACACAACGAGAGGUCACCACGGUCUUGGCGUGUCUCGCACAGUCGUGCCACGAUGCAUUGCCGGUCGAAACUGUACGCCCUGCAGUGGUCCAUUUGCUGCACACAUUUGUCAACGAAACGAACGCGCCAGAGGUAUUUUCCUUGAAAUCCUUGACAGUACACGAAGAUGAUCAUUCAGUGCACGAAGUGUCCCUUCUUCAUACUUUCGAUAAGGGUUAGCUUCUUGCUUCUUCAUUGUCUUCAUCCUAUUCGCUCCUUAUUUACUCCAGCCUGUUUGCUAAUAUCGGACGCAUCAUAAUUUCUUUGCAAAAUUUUUUCCUCGCAUCUCUCCACAAGGUGAUAACGGUCGGCAUAAACAGUUUGCGAGAGAUCGCGUGCCGAGUGCCUCUCGCGUUGGAGGAGGAAGAGGUGCAUGAUCUGUGCGGCUUCCGCAAGUACAAGCACAAGGGUGUCCGUGUAGGUGUGAAGAGCAUUGUUAACAUGUAUCGUGAGUUAAAUCCGGCUCUGCUGCAACGACAAUUCCGCGGUAAAGACGCAGCGGAAGCACUUGCACGAGGUGAAUUCGACAGUAGCAAGCAGGAGGGCGGCAUCACAACUGCGACACUAUUUGGUCAGGGUCUCGAGCUUUUGGCAGCACGCAACCUGAGAAAAGCAGAGAAGAAAGAGGAAAAGCGACGUGCAAAGGAGGAAGGAAGCGACGCUUCGGACUCGGACUCGGACGACGAAGAAGAAGAUGAAAACGCUAGCGGCGACGCAGAAGGAAGUGAUGUCGGUGAUGAAGAAGAAGGAUCAGACCUAGAGGAGGAGGUCUCUGAUAUUGAGGAAGAGGAAGAGGCAUCUGAUCUCGAAGAAGACGAUGAAGAGGAAGAAGAGUCCGACGUUGAAGAACCCGAAGCACAGAAGAAGGGAGGAGAUAAGGGAGCAGGAUCAGACUCAGAUCUGGAUUUAGAAGACUGCUCAGCACCGACGAAGAAGGCAAAAGCAGUUCCGCAAGAAACAUGUCCACUAAAGCGGAAGAAAGCCUCAACGAAUGCAUCACCCACCGAAAAGAAGGAAGCAAAUAAAUCUGCUAAGGCAAACAAAUCAGAAGUCGAUGGUAGCGACGCUGACAAGAGCUCGUCUGACGGCAAUGCCGAGGACGUUGACGAUGACAGCGACGAGGAGAACAGCGACGUUGAUAAUUCGGAUAGUGACGCUAGCAGUGCCUCAGAUGAUGAAGGUGGAGAGACGAACCGGAUAAGCAAGAGAAAUCUGGCACAAGAGAGUAAAGAUCGCCGGAAGCGACGAAAGCUGGCGGAGCAGCGUGAACAGGCGGCCGCAGAGAAGGAGCGACGAGACAAGAUUGAGAGCGCCGCGCGAGAGAUGUUCACGGAACGUGUCCUAGGUCCCGAGGACUUCAAGAAGAUGCGCGAACUCCAGGCCAAGAAGGCACUCGAGCUGCAGAGCGGCCGGGGACGUCGCGCUGCAGGAGCUGAUAGCGACGAAGACUCUCUCACCGAUAGCAGUGACUCGGAUAAGUCGGACGAGGACAAGGGUGAUGAGAAUAGCGAAGACAAGAGCGAGGAUGACGACGAUGACAGCGAUAUGGACGAGGAAGAGCGAAAACAGAAGGAGCUCAAGAAGGCGAAUAAACGCGUCUACAAUGACAUCGACUUCAUCGAUCCCUCCAAGCUGUCUGGAUUUACGCGAAAGAAACACGACAAGCACACUCGUCUGCAGUCCGUGAAGAAGGGACGGGAGGGUCGCGAGAAGUUUGGCGGCGGAAAGUCAGGCCGAACAGGAGGCAGCACGAACAAGGAAAAGCGAAGAAAUAAGCCAAUGUUGAUGCAGAUCCAGAGUCGGUCUGUGCGUACGAAGCGCAAUGGGCAGAAGGCCACAGCCAAACUUGCAAAUCUGCGGAAACACAUAGGUAAUCUCAAGAAGGGAGGUAAAAAUCAGAAGCGGCGGCGUUGAUAAUAAAACGCAAUUAGCCCGCUGCUCUGUAGUUUUCUGUUUACAGAAUAAGAAGUGCUAGAAUUAUGCUCAUGCAACAGCUGUAGAAGGCGCAAGAUGGAUAGAUAUACUAAUUUAAAGAGGAAGAAAACGCUUUGUUCGGAGAAAUUUAAGUGUGUUCGGCUGCAGUCAAAGGGUAGGUCACCCCGUUUGUGUAAGACUAAGGUAAAAGGAUCGACAGGUCACGUACAUAUGCAGUCAGG